AUGGACCGAUGCAGUGUGCGCCUGCUCUCGGAGGAUGAGAUGGCCGAGCGCCGGUCGAGUGCAUUGAGCUAUUUCAGGGAGACCCGUGAAAUCAACCAGCAUGCCCGAAGCGUCGAGCAGAUGGAAGUGGCACUGGCUCGAGCUCGCAGGCGGCGUCACUCAGAGGAGCUCCAGCCAAAGCAGAUUCUCGCACUGCAGGAAUUGCAGGAGGCAUCAGACGAAGCACCAGAGGUCGAGGAUCACGAAGUGCACGAGCUGAAGACCCUCGCAGAGCGCAUGGGCUAUGGUGUAAAGCCCAACCAACCGUCCAAAUGGAAGAAGAGGGCGCAAGAAGAGAAGCCAAGGAAACCAGGAGGCUUCGCAAGCAUCCAGGCUGGAGGCAAUGAUCUCUUGGCACGCCUCCGGCAGAGACGAGUCACAAUUGAGUGA